UCUUUUCAUUUAUUAUAUCUAAUCCACUUAACUAAAAAACCCGUCAUUGUGUUUAAUCACUGGAGCAACCUAAGUACAAUAAUUCAGUGUGAAGAAAGUUCAACGCACUGUGGGGGCUCCUUGUUGGAAGCAAAACAACUGUGUCAACUCAGACCUUUUCCACUACACCAACGGCUUAGUUUCAACAAUGCCUUAAGUCCCUAAAAUCCCUAAUUUCUCCAACAUAGGAAGCACAAUAUGAGAAAAGAUGUUAUAAUCGUAUCAUCUACCCCACCCAUGGAAAUGAGCUUUUAGCCAUAGCUUUCUUUACCAUCUUUCCCAGAUCCUGAGAAAAUACUCAUAGGCCAGAAGCAUGUCUGUGGUGAGAUGGAACCAAAACGAGCUCGGUUCGACUGGAGAAAAAGAGUUGAAGGGUGGCCCUCUUCCUCCAACCACCCUUGCUGCCAUUGAAUCCUUAGCAAUACCUCUUGUACAGGAAGUUGUGUUCUUAGCAGAUUUUCGAUGCUCUGGAUGUCAACAGCGAGUGGCUGAGAUCAUGUCUAAAAUGAAUGGAGAGACUCAAUCCGUGAUGGUUAGUAUAUUGGAGAAGAAGGUAACACUAACAUGUACAUAUGAAGCUGCUAACAAAUUGCCUAGAGGAAGACAAAUUUCUUCUGUACAUCGAACUUCAUUACGUAAAGUUUGUCUCAUAAUGCGCCCGUUUCUCUCUUCUUGCACUUGAACAUAUUGUAACUCAAAAGCUCCAUACAAUAAAACAAUCCUUACACAAAUAUAUGUUCAUGCCAAACUAUCUAUCUAUAGCUGUUAGUAUCUGCACUUAUAUUCGAGCAGUGAAUCAUAUCUCAUCAAAUUAACAUUACUCGGAAGAAAGAAUUAUGUUAUGAAUUGUA